AUGAGCCCCAUCACGCGAAAGCGCUCGCUGGCCGACAUGCAACAUACCGACGACACGCUGCCCUGCGAAUACAAUGAGCGAGACUACGCCGUGGCCGUGUUACAGCUGGAAGGCCAGCAGACGGAAGCUCAGCUCGACGAGAGCCUUGCGAAAGAGGCCGAAAGCCUGGGUGUCGCCAUCUCGAGACCCUCAACGCCGAACGACGCCCAACAUGCGACUCACGACUCUCUGUGCGGUUCCGCGAACACGGUGCAGUCGCAUCGCAGGACUGCCUCCACGGGAUCGCAUGGCAGCGCUUCUACGGGGAUGACCUCUAGAUCCUCGAAUGAACAAUUGGAUAGUUCUACGCAGACCCCGCAGCAAGCGCGGAAGAGGAUGUCUGCCAGGAGGAGUUUGUCUUUCACGGAGUACGAGAAAUACCUGAUACAGCAUGGGAGCACGAAACCACUGCUCCCUCCGCCCAUACCGCCAGAACCUGCUCCCUCGCUGUUCUCCGUCUCAACAAGGAAAUCUUAUGUCAGUAUCAAGAAUGGAUUCAAGAACAAGUUCAAGCUACGGCGAACGAGAUCCUCCCAGGAUUCUCUAAAUUCUUGUAUAUGUUGUCGCGACGAUUUUAAGAAGAGCAAGGCCCUGCACACCCUUCCCUGUGGCCACAACUACUGCGAUGCAUGCCUCCAUGUUCUGAUCACCCAAGCUGCUAGCGACGAAUCGAAGAUGCCCCCUCGAUGUUGCACGCAAGCCAUACCGAGUGCGGUGAUCAAGACGGUAUUGACCAAGGAGGACCAGCAACUGUUCAUGAAGAGUGUCUUGCAAUUUAGUACACCGUGGGAAUCUAGGAUUUUCUGUCCCAAUCAUGCAUGUGGCGAGUUCAUCCCUAAGCGAAAUAAGAUCGACCCAAAACACCCGUUCGAAGUCAUCUGUCGGAAUUGCAGGACGAGAGCUUGCUCGAUAUGUAAGCGCGCUGCUCACGCUUUUGGCCAAGAUUGUCCUGCAGAUUGGGAACUGGAUGCUGUGCUUCAAAUGGGAGAGAAGUCUGGUUGGAGGAGAUGUUACAAAUGUAGGAAUCUGGUUGAAUUGACGCAAGGAUGUAGUCACAUCACUUGUCGAUGCAAAGCUCAAUUUUGCUACAUUUGCGGAGCUGUUUGGGAUCCGGUUGUUGGAUGCCCAAAUUAUUGCAAUGGAGAAGAGGAAUUGGAAAGGAGGAGGGCUGAAGAGGAAGCUCGGAUUGCGGAAGAGGAGGCUGAGAAGGCAGCGAAAGAAGCAGCGGAGGAAUUGGCGACUGCUGAGAGACUUGAAGCAGAAAAGCGCACGGCAGAAUGCGAAGAGUUGAACGCUCUUCGAGCUCGACAGAUCAACGAACGAGACCGAUUUUCGGCUUUUGAACGGAAGAUGAAGUGGAUCAUGUGGACUCGUCAUGGACAAGGGAAGAUCGAUAUUCUCGAGCGAUAUGACGAGCUGUUGAGCAAGAUGAAGGAACGCCAUAUUCGAACCGCGACACACCUCGAGGAUCGACAGGUAGCCGCAGAGAUGGAACUCAGGGCCAGUCUGAAGCAGCAGGAGAGGAGCGUGCAGAUUCGACUGAGACAUAUGGAGGCGUAUUGCGACGGGCUUGGCCUGCAUGCAAACGGGACGAAUCCAGCACGAGUGGUCACCGAGCGCGACUUGCGAGAACUGGGACAACAGUACAACGUUCGAGAUGAUAUGGAUCGCCUGCAUCAGAGCAAAGUCAACGUUAUGCGCGACAAGCAAGCCAAGCAAAUGGAACAACUCCUCGUUCGACAGCAAGAAGAGCUGGAGAAGCUCGCCAAGAAGCAAGAUGAAGAUCUUGAAGCUCUCGAUAGCGGGUUUGUUGCCGACGAAGAAGCGUUCCUCAACGCUUUCGAUGACAGGCGAAAGCGAUUGACGAGACGAUGGGUUCUCAUCGAGGAAGUCGAGAGGAAGAAGCUGGAGCUAACGAGGAACGUCAAGUUCGCUCCAAUGCCGGAAGUCGAAUGGCCGAGCUUGGAAACCAAACAGGAUGAUGGGCUGGAAGCUGUGACGGAGUGA